AUGAGUGCCGAAGAAAGUAAUCUUAUUUUAGAUGAAGUUACUGGAAAAAAAGUAUCAAAAAAUGAGCUGAAACGUCUUAACAAACAACGAAAAAAAGAAGCAGAAAAGGCAGAAAAAGCAUUGAAGGCAGCGGCUAAUGUUGAUGUGGCAGCGAAACCUGUGAAAACCGAAAAUGAUGAGAGCUUGGAAGAAAACCUGAAUCCGAAUCAAUAUUUCGAAAUUCGGUCCAAGUUUAUUAAAAAACUUCGAGAAACUCGUAAUCCAAAUCCCUAUCCGCAUAAAUUUUAUGUGGAUAUUUCAAUUCCUGCUUUUGUUGAAAAAUAUUCCCAUCUUGAACCUGGCCAACACUUAAAUGAUGUAGUUAGAAUGGCUGGACGAAUUCAUAACAAAAGGGCUAGUGGUUCUAAACUAAGAUUUUAUGAUUUACAUGGUGAAGGUUCUAAAGUUCAAAUAAUGGCCCAAGCACAAGACUCUGAACAAGAUUUUGCUGAGAUACAUGAUGUGAUUCGUCGUGGUGAUAUUGUAGGCGUACGUGGUUGUCCCGGAAAAUCCAAGAAGGGUGAAUUGUCAAUUUUUCCAAAGGAAGUUGUACUACUAUCCCCUUGUCUGCAUAUGUUACCUAAAGAAUAUUAUGGAUUCAAGGAUCAGGAAACACGUUACCGUCAACGUUACCUUGAUUUGAUUAUGAAUAAUUUUGUAAGAGAUAAGUUUAACGUUAGAUCCAAAAUUGUGAAAUAUGUUAGACAAUUUUUAGAUGAUCUCGGAUUCCUUGAACUUGACCUAUUCAUGAGAGUGGCUCCAGAAUUGUUUCUUAAAAUGCUUGUCGUUGGUGGUUUAGAUCGCGUUUAUGAAAUUGGUCGUCAAUUUCGUAAUGAAUCCAUUGAUCUUACACAUAAUCCAGAAUUUACUACAUGUGAAUUUUAUAUGGCGUACGCAGAUAUGUAUGAUUUAAUGGAUAUGACUGAAAAAAUGUUGUCUGGCAUGGUCAAAUCUAUCACUGGUGAUUAUAAUAUCACGUAUCACCCUCAAGGACCUGAUGGGAUAGAAAUGAAAAUUGAUUUCACACCACCUUUUAAAAGGGUUAGCAUGAUCGAAACAUUGGAAGAAAAAUUGAAAGUUAAAUUCCCUCCAGCUUCAGAGUUACAUACCGAUGAAACUAAUAAAUUUUUGCAAGAAAUUUGUGAAAACCAUGGGGUAGAGUGCUCACCACCAAAGACUAAUGCACGUUUACUAGAUAAACUCGUUGGUGAAUAUAUCGAGGUGGAUUGUGUAUCUCCAACAUUUAUUACUGGUCAUCCACAAAUGAUGUCUCCUCUUGCUAAGAACCAUAGAGACAUCCCAGGCCUUUGUGAACGAUUUGAAUUAUUUGUCGCUACCAAAGAAGUAUGCAAUGCAUACACAGAAUUAAAUGAUCCCUUUGAUCAACGUGAACGUUUUGAGGAACAAGCCCAUCAAAAAGAACAAGGAGAUGAUGAGGCUCAACUUAUUGAUGAAACUUUUUGUACAAGUUUAGAAUAUGGACUUCCGCCAACUGGUGGAUGGGGAAUGGGUAUCGAUCGACUUUCAAUGUUCUUGACUGAUAGUUCAAAUAUUAAAGAGGUUCUUCUUUUCCCUGCUAUGAAACCAAUUGAUGAGAAAGAGAAAGCCGAUAUAUCCGAAGUCCAAGGACAAUUUCUUCAACAAACG